UAUUUCAAUAAUUCAUUUUGGUCCUGCAGCGGAUUACGGAAUUAAGUAAUUAAUUAGAAGAAAAAAACAUUCACAAUUCCUUUGGAUUUGCCCCUUACUUCCCCGCUCCCUCUCUCUCUCCUCUGGUGUUGCGAUCGCAUCGUCUUCGUCUUCGUCGUCUCCGAUCAUUGGAUUGCGAGGACAUGGGGAGCGAUGGGGAGCCCGCGAAGCUUCUCCUCCCCUAUCUCCAGCGAGCCGAUGAGCUCCAGAAGCACGAACCCCUCGUCGCCUACUACUGUCGGUUGUACGCGAUGGAGAGAGGGCUAAGGAUCCCGCAGAAGGAGCGGACGAAGACCACCAACGCCCUCCUCAUCUCCCUCAUGAAUCAGCUCGAGAAGGAUAAGAAAUCACUGAAGUUAGGUCCUGAAGAUAAUCUUUAUAUAGAGGGAUUUGCAUCAAAUGUUUUUGCAAAAGCAGAUAAGCAAGAUCGUGCUGGACGAGCUGACUUAAAUACUGCAAAAACCUUCUACGCUGCAAGCAUCUUCUUUGAGAUUCUGAACCAGUUUGGUGAACUUCAGCCUGAUCUUGAACAGAAACAAAAAUAUGCUGUGUGGAAAGCUGCUGAUAUAAGAAAAGCUCUGAAAGAAGGUCGAAGGCCAGAACCGGGUCCUCCUGGUGGAGAUAAAGAUGCAACACCGGCUGGCACCCCUGCCAACUCAUAUGAUCUGGGGCCAAGUCAGAGCUUCCCCACCAGCCAACCAGGUUUUGACACAUCACCCCAGCAUGUAGAAAAGCCUUCUCCUUCCCAUGAUCUGGGCAGGAGCGAAAGCUUCUCAACUAGACACCCAGAGGAGUACGCACCAAAAGAUCACACAGAGAGGGUCAAUCCACAAGAUCCCACACCGCCACCUUUUUCACCUCCCUCUUACUCGACCAGUGAUUAUCCAUCAAAUGGUCCACACCAGCUUCCAACAAACAAUAGACCUGAAGCCCCUUCCUACACUCAACAAUACCACCCUAAUCCUUACUCGACUGAGCAGCCUCACAUGCCACAGACCUAUCUCCCUCCAGAAAAUCCAGACCCCUCCUUCUCAUACCCUAAUUUCCAGACAUACCCUAGCUCUCAGGAAAGCACUUUCCCAUCAGUUCCCUCUCACCAACCUUCUUACUACCAUGGCGCUGAUGCUUCUUCCUAUUCACCCCAACAACCUCCCCUUUCAAGUUACCCAUCAAACGUGCAAUAUUAUCAUAAUAAUGAAAUUGCAAACCAAACUGCUCCUCCAGCCCCACCCGCCGAAAGCUACAAGUACGACAGCAGUUAUGAGCCAUCUUUGGAGAAGAUCGGGGAGGCUCACAAGGCAGCGAGGUUUGCUGUGGGUGCCCUUGCAUUUGAUGACGUACCUGUCGCGGUUGAGCACCUCCGGCGUGCUCUUGAGCUUCUAACAAAUCCUUCUGCUGAACUUCAUUAAGAUGUGCGGGUCAGUUUUGUUUCUGGCUUGAAAUAAACUUUCUCUGUAAUUAUUUUUGCGUCAGAUGUUUGUUGGUACAUGGUGAUGUCUGCUUCAUUCUAGCUAGACAAGCAGUGUAAUGUAUUCAUGAAUUGAAUUUUUCACACUCGUUGUCAGUGAUAUUGCUUAUACAGAAUGUUGGGGGAAGAUUCCAUGUACUGGUUAUAUAUUAAGCAGCAUAUUGGCUAUUGUGAUGGACUCUAGUGUUUGUAUCAGGCACUAGGUUGUUCUUUUCAA